AUGCACAGAACUUACUCGUUAAGAAACUCUAGGGCUCCUACCGCCUCUCAAUUGCAGAAUCCACCUCCUCCUCCAUCUACCACCAAGGGUAGGUUUUUCGGGAAAGGUGGUCUUGCUUACAGUUUCAGAAGAAGCGCCGCUGGUGCUUUUGGGCCAGAAUUAUCAAGAAAGUUGUCUCAAUUGGUGAAGAUUGAGAAGAAUGUUCUGAGAUCCAUGGAGUUGACCGCCAACGAAAGACGUGACGCCGCCAAGCAAUUGUCUAUCUGGGGGUUGGAAAACGAUGACGAUGUUUCCGACAUUACCGACAAGCUGGGUGUUUUGAUUUACGAGGUCAGUGAAUUAGACGACCAGUUUAUCGACCGGUACGACCAAUACAGACUAACCUUGAAGUCCGUUAGGGACAUCGAAGGCUCCGUACAGCCAUCCAGAGACCGUAAGGACAAGAUCACCGACAAGAUCGCCUACUUGAAGUACAAGGAUCCUCAAUCUCCCAAGAUUGAAGUUCUGGAACAAGAACUAGUGCGUGCUGAAGCGGAAUCUUUGGUCGCUGAAGCUCAAUUGUCAAACAUCACGAGGUCCAAAUUGAGAGCCGCUUUCAACUACCAAUUUGACUCCAUCAUCGAACACUCAGAGAAAAUUGCUUUAAUCGCUGGUUACGGUAAAGCUCUACUGGAACUAUUGGACGAUUCUCCCGUCACUCCGGGUGAAACCAGACCUGCCUACGACGGCUACGAAGCCUCCAAGCAAAUCAUCAUCGAUGCUGAAAGCGCAUUGAAUGAAUGGACCCUAGACUCCGCCCAAGUAAAGCCUACUCUAAGUUUCAAGCAGGAUUAUGAAGACUUUGAGCCUGAAGAGGAAGAGGAGGACGAAGAGGGUCAAGGCAGGUGGUCCGAAGACGAACAAGAAGACGGGCAAAUCGAAGAGCCUGAACAAGAGGAAGAUGUAGUUGAAGAGCACGAACAAGCUGGUCAACUACAUAACGAAUCUCUUCCCGCACAGACCACUGUUUGA